AUGGAACAAUUCCGGCAUAUUGGAGAGGUUGUGGGAAGUAUGAAGGCUCUGUUGAUGGUACAAGAUGAGACUCUGAUCAAUCAAUGUCAGUGCUCAUUGUUGCAUGAUGUAUUCAGUAUGGCCUUUGACACAAUUGGAGAGGAGAUCAGGCUGAACCUAAAGCUCGAAGAGAAAAAGACCAAAUGGAAAGCUCUUGAGAAGCCGUUGAGGGAGCUUCACACAGUUUUCAAAGAAGGGGAGCUCUACAUUAGGCACUGCAUGGAUGCCAGUAACUGGUGGAGCAAAACAAUCCUCCUCCAUCAGAACAAGGACUGUGUUGAAUUUCAUAUUCAUAACUUGUUCUGCUACUACGCGGCUGUGAUUGAGGCAAUUGAGAACGCUGGAGAGAUUGCUGGACUUGAUCAGGAUGUGAUGCACAAGAAGAGGAUUUUUCUCACAAGGAAGUAUGAUAGGGAGUGGAAUGACCCCAAGCUUUUCCAAUGGAGAUUUGGGAAGCAGUAUUUGGUCCCAAAGGCCAUCUGCAAAAGGUUGGAGAGUGCUUGGAGGGAAGAUAGAUGGCGGCUCAUUGAAACGCUCAAAGAGAACAAAAUUUCAGGAUCCCUUGGUUCGACAAGGAAUGAGCAACAGCUUGGAGACUUGCUGGUGAAGAAGCUACAUGGGUCAGAUUUCUGUGGGAAGCUGUUUCCAAGCACAAUCUUAUUAGCAUCCAAGGACUACCAAAUUAGGCGGCGGUUAGGAGGGGGAAGCCAGUACAAGGAAAUCCAGUGGUUGGGGAAAAACUUUGCCUUGAGACACUUCUUCGGGGAUCUUGAACCAUUGAACUCGGAGAUUUCAACUCUCCUCUCACUUUCCCACCCCCAUGUACUGCAGUACCUAUGUGGGUUUUAUGACGAGGAGAAGAAGGAGUGCUUUCUUGUUAUGGAGUUGAUGAGCAAGGAUCUGCGCUGCUACAUGAAGGAGAACCGUGGUGCAAGAAGGCAGGUUUUGUUUUCGAUCCCAGUGGUGGUUGAUAUCAUGCUUCAGAUUGCAAGAGGCAUGGAAUAUCUCCACUCUAGGAAGAUCUACCAUGGAGAGUUGAACCCUUGUAACGUCUUUCUCAAGGCAAGGAGCUGCACAGAAGGUUAUUUUCAAGUAAAAGUAUCAGGUUUUGGUUUAUCAUCUGUACACAAACCUACUUCACGAUACUCACAGCAGCAAAAUGAGAUCAACCCUUUGAUUUGGUGUGCCCCAGAAGUCCUGGCUGAGCAAGAACAACCAGGGAAUAACCGUCGUACCAAAUACACAGAGAAAGCAGACGUAUACAGCUUUGCAAUGCUUUGCUUUGAGCUCUUGACUGGGAAGGUUCCUUUUGAAGAUUCACAUCUCCAAGGGGACAAGAUGAGUCGCACUAUAAGAGCAGGAGGGAGGCCUCUCUUCCCUUUCCCUUCACCAAAGUACCUUGUCAACUUAACCAAGAGAUGCUGGCACACUGACCCAUCUCAGCGCCUGACUUUCUCAUCCAUUUGUCGAAUUCUACGCUACAUAAAGAACUUUCUUACCUUGAACCCCGACGACGAUCAGCCUAUACUGCAAUCCCCUCCUAUGGAUUAUUGUGAGAUAGAGACAUGGUUCCUGAAGAAUAGUUCAGCAGCAGGACUUGGGGAGAAGGAGAAGACCAGCCCCGGCCUCAUCAGGAUUAAGAGUCUGGAUUCUGUAAGUGAUACAACUUCGAUGAGCAGGCAAGCCCCAAAUUGCAGAAAUGACAGUAUGUCCGUCGUCGAAGAUCCAUUUGUACCAUUAAGUGAUACGAGGUCUGUUUGCUCUGAUUUGAGGUCUGUUUUUGAUUUGAGGUCAGUAUGUUCCGAGGCUCCAACCAAGAAAACUCUCACUGCAAAGAAACGCCCAGGAGUGAGCGCUAGAAAAGGCUUAGGGACAUCAAGAUCACCAGCAACACCAAGAUUUUCGACACCAAGACUUUCGUCACCAAGGAUUCCUCCACCAAAACUUCCAUUACCAAAAAUUCCACCACCAAAAGUUUCGACGCCAUUAAAACCAUGUCGUCGCAGCAGCACGAAGGUGAACAAUGGGAGCAGUCCACUACCGAGUCCUUUGAGUACAAAGAGUACUGCGAGCGGCAGACACAGACCGUGUGGUCAUGUCUCGGACUCAGAGAUACAUUAG